CUUCGAGAUUCCAACAAACCCCUCCGAACUCUGUCUCACCUCCAAAUGGCAUAUCUAUAACCCAAAGCUCCGCCGCGGUAGGACGGCACACCCUUUCGCUACCUUCAUAGUAUCGCCAUGUCCACCAAAACGGCGCUCAAAGCCGCCAAGGCUGCCAUCGAUUCAAAGAAAUGGGAUGAGGCUAAGGAGCAGGCGAACACAGUGCUCGAGAAGGACCCCAACAACUACUUCGCGAAGCUAUUUUUGGGACGCGCAAACGACGCACUAAGCAGAGUUGAUGAGGCAGCCAAGGCAUACAAUGACGCGACAAAGAUCAAGCCUGACGAUCCGCAAGCAUGGCUGGGACUGAGGGGCAUGUACGAGGCACUGGGUCCGUCGAAGGUGGAUGAGAACACAGAUGUGGGGCUCAAACUUGCCGAAAUCUACAUGAAUGUCGACGACGCGCAUCGAUCUCAGUCCGCAAUCGAUAAGCUCGUAGACCUCGCCCGCAAACACGGCACAAAGCCCCAGUAUGCGCGUGCCCUCGCUACCCAACUUCCCUCCUCGCCAGUCUACUCCUACCUCGAAGGCCGACUCCCAAAUCCUUCUCACACGUUGACGCGUAUCGCCGAGAUCCACGAGACUCAGGAAACGCAGGAUAUCAAGAGGUUGAUUGCGGAGCGGAAAACGCGUCUAGGCGCGACACUCGAUGGCACCACCAAGGAAGUCAAGAACGAGAUCUAUGGGAAGAGUCCGCUGGAAGGUAUAUACGAGGAGAUCAUCAAUUGGACAAAUGAUGAUGAGCUGCGGAGAGAGUACGAAGAGAAACUUCUGGAGAGGGCAUAUGAUACCCUGCUCUCAUUACCUUCCGGCGAGAAGGCGGAGAAGAGGGACAAGGUGAUGAAGCUGGCACACGACAUGGUAGUUAUUCGACAUCCCUACCUGCUCGCAUGGCAGAUAGAGUUGGAUUGGCGCUCGGCGUUGGAGGUGGAGGCAUACUGAACUUGAAGGUCGCAAGCACACGGGUGCAUCGCAGAACGAAUGACGCUCUGGAAGUUUUAGAACGAAGACCAAUGCACCAUAGGAGGACAUGCUGUAGAUUCGCAUGUCAAAUCUCAACCUGCAGAGACAGUUUGUAUUCCCUGAGCCCGAAAACGCCAUCCAUGCAAUUUGCUCCCAACUCAAGAUCCUAAAGCUCCAACAACCCGGCUCUUCUCCACCUUGGAAAACAAACUCCCACCCUGCUUGAGCGCGUGAAUCAACAUCGGCACACUGCUCGCCUUGAAGUCCUGCGCCUCGCGCACUUUGUCUAGGUCGUCUGCUAGCUCCGUUGUGAUUUUACGCAGGUAUAUUGUGUUGAACUCGUCUUCCUGGCGCUGGGCUUGCGAUUUCGAUGCUGCGACGACCGGCGCUCGUGCUGGUGUUGGCUCAGGCGAGGACUCUUUAUCGGCGU